GGUGAGAAAGGAGGGAAAAUGCGACAAAGACUCUUACCGAAUCCAAUGAAUUGGUUCAUAUAUGUGAAUACAGUUUAGGUUACCUUGUAUGUUCUUCCCUUUCUUUAAUCAAUCCCACUUGUUAGUGAGAAUUUAGAUUUUGAUGCUUUUAAGGGGUUUAGGGGUGGGUUUUGCUUUUGGGUCUGAAAUAUAGAGAGAAUUCUUGAAUCGCCAUGCUUAGCCAUGCCGUCUCUGGAGGAACCGGGUAUUCAGAAAGCCAACUAAACGGUUUGGGUUUCUGGAGGUGGGUUUUUGUUUUUGUGGGGUCCGUGAUUCAGAAUCCCAAAAUUUCCAAAAAUUUGCUGGUUUUGGGAGGUGGGAUUUUGCUUUUAGGGUCUCUGAUUUAGAGCUCCAGAUGAAGUUGGGGUUUUGGAGCUGAUUUGGAUAUUUGCUCACUUUAAGGGUGGGUAUUGAAUUCUAGGGUAUCUAAUUUAGAAUCCCAGAUUGACUUUGGGGUUUUAGGGAAGGAACUAGAAAUUUUUUUAAUGUUUUCGCUUUUUCUUUUUAGAGGCCGAUCAUUUUUUUUGGGUUUCUAAUUUAAAAUCUUUUGGUAUUGUAUGCUGAAAUUUGAAAAUUUUUGAAUGCUUCCAGUUUUGAGUGGUGGGUUUCAGUGGAGAGUGGGGGAUUUGUGGCCGUGGUUUCAUUUUGGGGUUUUAAUGGCAGCUUUUAAUUCAUAGGCUGUGAAGUUUGAAAACCCAUACAAAGUUGUGAGGAUUUUCAGUGGUGGGUUUUUCACUUAACGAGAUGUUUGAUGGAAGCAUGGCAAUGUCUUUCCACUCAUUGAAAUACCCAUCACAUAUGAUGGGCAAUGUACAUAAGCAUAGAAUCCUCCAUAGAACAAUGAAAAAUCCAAUUCUAGCGGUACCCCCAUCUUCCACUCUCUUACAAACUGAUGAGAGUGGCAAUUUGCCUGAAUCAAAGAAUAGUUCUGGUUCAGAUGCAGCUUCAACAAACAGUGAUUCUGCUAGUUUGUUCAUCAAUCAAGCAACAACUGUUGGUAUUAUUGGAGGGGUAUCGGUUGAUUCAACUCUAAAUUUCUUGAAGAAACUAGUUCAAUGGAGCUCGAAAGAUGGAGGAGAUAGUCUUCCUUUUGUUCUGUGUUCUGAUCCAGUGUUAAACAAGCAACUUUUAUCCCAUGAAAGAAGUCAUUUUCCUCUACUGAGUACUAAAAGAGAAAGUAGCAGAAUGGAUCAUACACCAAUCGUGGGGAAUCUGCAAAGUAAGAGGGCUUUUCUUGAGCGUUCAGGAGUUCAAUGCAUAGUAAUGCCUUGCCAUAUUUCACAUUCUUGGCAUGAUGAGAUUUCUAGGGGAUCUUCUGUUCCUUUCCUUCAUAUGGGUGAGUGUGUUGCUAGGGAGCUCAAGAAUGCAAAGUUGAAGCCACUUGAAGCUGGGAGUCCUUUACGGAUUGGGGUUCUUGCCACAAAUGCAACUUUGACAGCGGGAUUUUAUCAGGAGAAACUCCAGAGAGAGGGGUUUGAGGUUGUUCUUCCAGAUAAAGCAACAAUGGAACACACUGUAAUUCCUGCAAUCGAAGCUUUUAACCGAAAGGACAUGGAAGGGGCUAGGAAUCUGCUAAGAAUUGCACUGCAAGUUCUUCUGGUGAGGGCUGUGAACACUGUCAUCCUUGCCUCUGAUGACAUGCAUGAUCUUUUGCCUCGGGAUGAUCCUCUCCUUAAGAAAUGUGUUGAUCCAAUGGAUGCUUUGGCCAGAUCAACCAUUCACUGGGCUCAGUCUGUUGAAAAAGGUUUGGAUUGUUAAGGUUUGUAACCAGUUGAGAUGCCAUGGAUCUUUCAAUAACAGGUGAGAUAGAAAAUGUGUAAGCGUGCAAGGAAAAACCUUACUGAAGGUAACUUGUAUUCCAUUCCCAUAAGACCUAGAUAUGUGUAUGAAUGUGCUGUUUCAAUAUCUGACUAGUGCUGUAUUGGCACCAAAAGGAGCCUUUGAUAUUGACAGUGCAACUAUAUUGUUGAUGAAUUUGAAUAUCCCAGAAAGUUCAAAGCCUCAAA